AUGGGCCUCCUGCGUUCCCUGGUGACGGCAGCUACAUCUGCGCUGCUGCUGGGAUUCCAUGAUCUUCCUCUGUCAGAUGCCGAAUCGAUCGGCGUGACCCAACAGCACCGCGUUAGCUUGCGGGUCUUUUUCCGCGCCUUCUGUCCAGCCUGCCAAUGGUUCGUCGGUGACCCACUGCUGGAGCUUGUGCGGACCGAGGAGUACCGCAACAUCAUCGACCUGACACUGAUACCAGCCGCAGGGAUGCAAGAAAAGCAAGACGGAACGAUCACGUGCGAGGCAGGUCCGUUGGAGUGCACGGGCCACCGCUGGCAAGUCUGCGCGCUGGAUAAAGACCGAGGCGAUGUGGUCAAAUACCUCGGCACAAUUGCGUGCAUUGAAGGAGACGAAUCGGGACAAGUUGGCGACUGGACUACGAAGAUGAAAAACUGUCUGACGGACGAAGAGCGUCUCGUGGUCACGGAGUGUUUCGACAGCCGUAGCAAAGACCUUCUGGUUAAGGUACGGGAUUGGCGCUUCUUAGGUUUAUUGCAGUAG